CAUUGAUAAGGCUCUGCAUGGUGCUCUACAGAAAAAGUAAUAGGUUAUUUCACUGAUGAUGAAAGGAGUACGCAGAGAUUGAAUAUUCAAUGGUGUCAACUCCUACUGUUUCAAAUUCUUCUGUAGAUAUGAGCUUGAAGGGUGAAUUUUUUAAUACUGGGAAACAUCAGGAACCACCAUUCUUUCCUGCCAAGUUCUUUCUUCCCUCCCAGACCAACAAUAUGCUAUACAUAGGUGUGUCUGUUUUCACUGCUAACUCUGCAGCAUUUGUCUACAACAAAGCUGGAGUCCUCAGCCUUUACAUCACUGAUGACAUGGUGAGCAAUAAAGCUAGCAGGAAUACAGAGGUUAAACUCUCUAUUCCUUAUUAUAUAUACUUUCAUGACUUCACAUUGAACAACUUUUUACAACUUUUCCUCCAACAGAUCCCUCGCACUAUUACCAUUUGUCUCAACACCACAGCAUUUGAAGUCUUCCUACCAAAGGACACCAGUGUGAACGCCCAACUCUUUCUUAGUGGAAUGAGAUUGGCUGGAGCUGUCACACUCAACAAAAUGAAUCUGACCCUUGGAACAAGUUACAUGGGACAGUUUCAGGUUAAAGCUCUCAGCAGUUUCCUGCAACAGGUCCUCAAAGUGGUUCUGAUCCCUACUCUAAAUGGUGAGUUUUUAUAUAGCCAAGUAUACAUAAACCGUGCAUUGAGUGUACUACAUGUUGUUAUAUGUUGAUUACGU